AUGGUGGAAACAAAACAGAACCACGAAGCGAAGAUCAAAGGCGAUAGCGAAGAAACAGAAAUACCAAGAAUCCAGGAAAAUGAUAAAUCAUUGGACAAGCACUCGGCUUCAUAUGAAGAUAAACUUGCUUCAACAUUUGCAACCUUUUGGAAUAUAUGCAACACCAUUCAGGGGUUACCGAUAUUGGUGAUCCCUUAUGCUGUUAGAAAUGGGGGCUAUUUAGCAAUAUUAACAUUAUUACUUGUUGCUGUUGCGUCAAAUUACACUGGAAAAACUAUUGUUCGCUGUCUUUACGAAAAGGAUUCCGAGAGUGGCAAACAAAAAAGGGUCCGCAAUUCGUACGCAGAUGUUGGGAACGCCUUUCUUCCAAAAGUUGGAGGUCAUCUUGUCCUCGGUACACAGUUUCUAGAGUUACUAUUCGUUGCCUCUGUCUAUCCCUUAUUAGUUGGUAGAUUACUAGCAAAGUCUUUUCCACACAUUGCCCUUCCCUGUUGGCUUUGGACGCUAAUAGGUGGAGUUAUUUUUGUGCCAAACAUUUUUCUUAAAAAUCUCUCUCAAGUGGCCUGGACAAGUAUUUUAACGGUACUGUCAGCGAAACUCAUUUUUAUCACAGUUUUCGCUUACAGCUUAUCAAAGAUUCACAAAUGGGAGAUUAGUUUCUUGGAUCAUUUUGACGCCAGCACAUACCCAUCUGCUUUAGGAAUACUGGUAGCAAGCUACUUAUCACAACCAUUUGUACCUCUCAUCGAAGGGAGCAUGCGUCAUAAAGAGAAAUUCGAUUCGCUUAUGAAUUUUUCAUACGGGAUAAUGACCCUUCUCAAUGUAAUAAUUGGCGUGGUCGCUUAUAUCUCAUUUCACCCCAACACAGCCGAAGUUAUCACCAAUAAUCUGCCAGAAGGUUCAUUUCGGCGUGCUGUAAACGUUAUGGCGGCCGUGUUAUCCUUCACAUCAUACACGCUGCCAAUGUUCACAAUUUUUGAAAUCGUGGAAAACUCUAACCUCCCUUGCCUACCGAUGGAUUUUGGUAAAUCUGUGUUAAGUCCAUCCGUUAUUGUUUUUCGCUUGUGGAUGGUAACUGUCAGUGUUUUAUUUGCGGCUACUUUUCCCGCCUACACUUAUCUGCUAGCUUUUGUCGGUAGCAUCGCAGGAAUUAGUUUGGAGUUUAUUUUUCCUCCUCUUUUCCACCUUAAGAUUUACUCGUCAGAAAUGUCAUGGUGUAAUAUUUUGGUUGAUACUUUUGUAUUUAUAGUAGGCAUAACUGUGUCACUGACUGGAGCUUUCUUUUCCGGCCGGUCAAUGAUCCACACCUACAGUCAACCAAUAGUUAAUCGUUGUGCAUAG